GAGGUCCUCCCAGACACACACACACACACACUCAUUCAACAAGAGGUGCCAUUGUGCAGUGGAGUGGGAUACACUCAGAACUCCAUAUGAAAAAGAGAGAGUGUGUGUUUUAGAGAGCAUGUAGUCUGUGGGUGGCAUAUUUGAUCAAGUACUCCAGUCUGAGAAAGCGUAGUAGUAGCUCAUGCUAUAGAAUGGCACCGCUGCAUCACUGUUGACUGUCCGUAAUCAUGUCUUGCAUGUGUGUAUAUUGCUGUGCAUCAUCCAACACGACAACACACAUGACCUUUCUUUUUCCUGUCCCUGACUCCUUGCAGUGUGUACCAUGACGACAGAGGCUAGCGCGGUGGGCGAGGCGGACACAGAGGGCAAGCCGAAGCCCAGCGUAGCAGAGGCAGAGGUAAAACCGGAGAACAAGCAGAGCCCAGAGCCAGAAGCAGCAGCAGCGGAGCCAGAGGGGGAGAAGCCCAGCCAGAAGGCCCAGGAGCAGGCCUCAGAGCCUGGCCCCACAGAGAGCCCUACCUCCCCCACCACCACCACAGCUGAGGAGGAGCAGCUAGUGAAGCCCCGCCAGCGCACCUCAGCCGGCCGGGGCCUCUCACGCCUAUUCUCCUCCUUCCUCAAGCGGCGCUCACAGUGCACAGACGUAGAGUGGGCCGAGGUCGAGAAGGUAGAGAAGGAGACUAAGGAGAAAGAGAAGGCAGAGGCUGGAGCAAAGGAGGAAAAGUUAGAGCAGGCCAAGGGGGAGGAGAAGAAAGAAGCAGAGGAAAAGGGGGAGAAGAAAGAAGUGCUGAAAAAAGAGGAGGAAAAGGUUGAGAAGCAAGAGGAGGAAGAGGCAGCAAAGAAAGAGGCAGUGAAGAAGAAGAAACAGGAGGAAGAGGCAGCAAAGAAAGCAGAGAAGAAGAAGAGAGAGGAGGAAGAGGCAGCAAAGAAAGAGGCAGUGAAGAAGAAGAAAGAGGAGGAAGAGGCAGCAAAGAAAGAGGCAGUGAAGAAGAAGAAAGAGGAGGAAGAGGCAGCAAAGAAAGCAGAGAAGAAGAACAAACAGGAGGAAGAGGCAGCAAAGAAAGCAGAGAAGAAGAAGAAAGAGGAGGAAGAGGCAGCAAAGAAAGCGAAGAAGAAAGAGGAGGAAGAGGCAGCAAAGAAAGCGAAGAAGAAAGAGGAGGAAGAGGCAGCAAAGAAAGCGAAGAAGAAAGAGGAGGAAGAGGCAGCAAAGAAAGCGAAGAAGAAAGAGGAGGUAGAGGCAGCAAAGAAAGCAGAGAAGAAGAAGAAAGAAGAGGAAGGGGUAACGAAGAAAGAGACAGAAGAAGGAAAAGAAAGAGGAGGAGAAGGGGAAGAAGAGGAGAAUAAAGAGGUAAAGAAGAAAGAGGAGGGGAAGGGGAAGAAGAAACGGAAGGGCAAAAAGAAAGCAGUGGAGGAGCCCAAAGCAGGGGAGCCGUCCACAACAGAGGUGCAGGUAAAAGCCCCCAUCGCUGCCCCGGAGCCAGAGCUCAGAGCGGAGGCAGAGGGGGAGGCUGAACAGGAGACGCAGGAGGAGCCUGUAGAGGCCCAGGACCAUCACUCCAUCAGCAGCGCAGAGACACAGCCAGCACAGGAGGAGCAGAAGGCGGACACUGAGGUAGAGAAGGAGGCGGUAGUAGAGGAGGUAGAGAUGAAAGCAGAAACAGAGGAAGAGCUGGCCGAGCAGAUGGAGGAGGAGGGAGAGGCGAACGGAGGGGAGGGGGAGAACACUAACGGAGAAGAGGAGAAGAAGGUGGCAGCAGAGGAGGCCAAACCCUCCAAGCGCCCGCGGAUCAUGCAGUGUAAAGUCACCCUCCUGGACGGCACUCUGUUUGAGUGUGAGCUCGAUAAACAUGCGAAGGGCUCGGAUCUGUUUGUGAAGGUGUGUGACCACCUCAACCUGCUGGAGAGAGACUACUGUGGCCUGGCCGUCUGGGAUACCCCCACCUCCAGGACAUGGCUGGAUGCCUCCAAAGAGAUCCGGAAACAGGUGGCAGAUUAUAGAUACGAGUUCACUUUCAACGUGAAGUUCUACCCUCCUGAUCCAGCUCAGCUCACAGAAGACCUCACCAGGUACUACCUGUGUCUACAGCUGCGUAAGGACAUCCUGAGUGGCCUGCUGCCAUGCUCCUUUGUGACUCUGGCCAUGCUAGGCUCCUACACCGCCCAGUCUGAGCUGGGGGAGUAUGACCCAGAGGUCCACAGCUCUAAUUACACCAAGGAGCUGAGGCUGGCCCCGGGACAGGGCAAGGAGCUGGAGGACAAGGUCAUGGAGUUGCACCGCACAUAUAG